AAAUUCAACUUUUGUGGGAUUGGUUUAGUAUUAAUAUAAAUAUUUGUAUUAAAGAAGAAGCGUUUCGUGUCAUCGUGGUGCGAAAGCUGUUGCCAGAGCGUGUGAACAGAGUCUCGUGUGCGGUAAAACCCUCCCUCUUUGCUCGCAGCUUUUCCGCAUCGAAAGGCGCCGCUAUCUCGUCUCGUAUCUGCUGCACUUUUUCUCAGCUUAUUUAGAAGAAGAAGUCGAGUCAGGCGGUUAUACUUCUCCUAAACUCGCUUUCGUCUCCCUGCUUGGUUCCGUUUGGCCGGCAGCAGCAGCAGCUCGGCGUUUGUAGGCAUGAAGGACCAGAACAGUGCAGAAAACAUCCAGGCGAUCCUCCAAGAAGCUCCUGCUGCCCGGAGAGCUCUUCUUGACAACUAUGAGAACUUGCAUAAGGUGGCCGAAUACUGUGAGCACAACUACCUCAAGGCUGAAGGCAGUGACACAAAAAAGGCUUUAGAAGAGACCAAGGCCUUCGCCACCCAGUCCCUGGCCAGCGUGGCAUACCAGAUCAGCACGCUUGCAAGCAAUGUUCUCAAACUUUUGGAUGCCCAGACUGUUAAUUUGGGGCAGAUGGAGUCCUCCAUCAACCUUAUUGCUCAGACAGUAGACAUGCACCGUGAGAAGGUGGCUCGCAGGGAGAUUGGUGUCUUCACCACAGUGAAGAAGGUACCACGCAGCCAGAAGGUCAUCCCCCCUGCCAUCAAAGAACAGCACCCCAAGUACUCUCGCACACCCAUCAGCUAUACUGCCCUAGACACAAUUGGCCAUGGAAUGAAGGAUUCUGGGACCCAGCUCAGUCGAAUAGGAACUCUGAACCGCAAACAGAGUUCUCGAGAAGCUGGGGGCACACUUGGUCGUACUGCACGACCCCGAGAGCCAGUGCAGUGCCCUGUCGCUCCAACAGUGUCAAAAGCAUCAUCUGUAUCUUCUCUCACCGAUCGCUCUGUGGGGUCUAGCUUCGGCAUUGCUGUGCCUCCGCCCAUGGUGCCUGAUUUUCCAGCUCCAGAUUUCACAGUUCCUCCAUUGGAGGACAGCAUACCACCUCUUCUGGUGAACACAGACAUGCCCCCUCCACCAUCUCCUCCACCUUCAGCCAUCUCCAUGGAUGUUCCUCCUCCCCCACCACCACCACCCCCACCACUGAGUGUCCCAGGGCCCUCCAUCCCUCCACCCCCUCCUCUUCUGGAGACUGUGGCAGAAGAAAAUAGCUUCCCUUUGCCAUCAGAAGCAGACACCUUGCCUGCACCAGUCAAUGACACAUUUGAGCUGCCAGUGCCACCUUCUUUCGAGCCUGAAGAUUUCAAUUCAGCUCUGUGCUCCAAACGGUUUCGGGGGCUACGCCACCCUCCUACCACACGUUCAAGCAUUCUUCGGGGCCGUCUGGCCCCCUCCACCCGUGCACUGCGUAGCCUUUCUCUUGCACUGCCUUCCUCUCACUCAUUCAUCAUCCCCCCGCCCCCUCCAUACCCUCCACCUGUAGCCCCCCUGGCCUUGUUGAGUCCUCUUUAUGGCCUUUCUGACUGCUUGCAACACCUAGACAUGGAAUUCCAGGCCCCGCCCCCACCCCCUGAUAACAUGGAUGCUUAUGAUGACAUCAUGCCCCCUCUUCCACCUCCUGUUGAUUAUGACCAAUCUGCACCUGGCAAUUACUUGGAGAAAGUGGUGGCACUUUACAGUUACAACUCAGAUAAACCCGGUGACCUGUGCUUUGAAGAAGGGGCCAUCAUCUAUCUUACCAAGAGGAAUGAUAAUGGCUGGUGUGAGGGAGUCCUGAAUGGGAUGGAGGGCUUCUUUCCGGAGAAUUAUGUGGAGCCAACCAGCUAACAACUUUUUCCAGCCUCUGCGUUCACCGCAAUAGGUCUGUAUAUAGUAAUAGCUGUUAAGGAUGAACAAUGGAGUUCAAAUCAAAAUUUUUGUCUCAAUCUCCAUUUCAAUUUAUGAGAUUGUCAGUUCUUUACUACACUCUACGGAUACAUGUCCAACCAGUUUUUACCGAAAUUAGAAGCUUUUAUAUGUAGCACCCACAUUCACGCUUUACCAUAUGUGCAGUCCUUAGAAAAAUCCUGUAGUUGGAAAGACUCUUGUUACUGAGAGGUUGAUUUAAGGUUAUUGUAUUGGCCAUUCCAUAUGCAUAUACAUAUGGAAUUACUAACUAUGUACUGCAACUUCAGUUUACUGAGAAUUGUGUGGUGGCCUACCACUUAUCCAAAGGUGUUAAUAAUUAUUAGAAAAGAUAUAACCAUCAAUCUUCAAGAGAUAAUGUAAGAUGGGGGUCUCAAGCCAUUAGAGAGUAUCCACCCAAUCCGCUAAAUUAUUACUAAUACUUUUGACAUAUUUUAUAGACAUUUGUCAGCAAUUUCAAUGAGAAUA